AUGUCUCCGCUGCUGACCCUGUUCACAGCGCUUUUGCUUGUCCCGCUCCGCUCCGCCGUCCGCUGCUACAACGGCGCACAAGGUGUCUACAUCAACAACCCGCGGAGUCUGGCGAUAAUUGACUGCGGGAACGCGAUAAAUACUUGCUCCAAAACUGUGGAUCUCUCCGCACAAAUUGCUAACAGGGCCUGCGGGCCUGCUUACACAUGUCUUUAUGUAAGUUGGGAUUGAAAUACAAAGUGUACCAAUUUUUGGGACUGGGGACGUCUGAGGAAUCAGGGAAAAAAAGAAUUUUUAAAUUUGGCUCAAAAUUAAAGAAGUUAUAGCCAAUUCAAGUUGGGCCACAAAAUUGGUACACCCUGUACAGUGAGGGACUUGAUGCAAUGGCAAAAAACGUCUGAUUUUGCAUCUCGGAAAGGACCAAAAUGACUCCAAACCUUUGCAAAAUGCGUCUACUGAAGGCUCUACAUAGAUUUUUUUCAGCAAAAUGGCACUUCCUCUCCUCGAGGCUUCUGCUUCAAUGUUUCGACCGCUCAGACCUCAUGCUGUUGCUACGGCAGUUUAUGCAACGACUCAACCCGACCUUACAUAAAUACUGCCUUUCUGCUCACCCCGUUGCUGGCCUUGUUUUGUUACCGAGUUCGAAAAAUGAUCACGUAG